GAAAUGGGAGCCCCAAGAACACAAUUUGGACAUGCAGUCCUCUUCAUUCGUAUGUCUGAAAGUUUGUAAGUUGAAAGUUUGUAAGUAGAGGAGUGUCUAUACUUCAAAAAAUGUAUCUGUGAAUACAGCUUUCCUAAAUGUUUGGGGAUACAUAUUUCCGUACGUGCAACCUACUGCUUCAACUGAACUGGAAAGGCAAGUUAUUUGUUUUUUUCUUUUCAAAUAAAUAUGGGUUCCACUGAGUCACACAUAUGCAUUAAUAAAUAAAGAAGGUUUUCCAUGCAUUUGUGUGUCCAGUCUUAUAUAAUGCUUAAGGUGGCUCACCUGGUUUUUAUUCAGGUGAGGCUUUAAGUACAGCUUGGUGUUAUUUACCAUAAAAUCCAGCUGAGAAUUUUUUUAGAUGUGCUUUAAGGUUUACUUUCCUGAUUUUAAAUUAAGAUAAUUAUAAUUGGUGUAAAAUAAAAUGCAUGUAGUAUGUAUGUAAAAAAAAUUGUAAUCAAAACAAGAUUUGUUACAGUGGUUCAGAAUUAGGCCUGUUUAGGUCACCCACGGGUACAUAUCAUGCAAAUGGCUUCACCUUUGCUCUUAAGCCUGGUGUUGGCAGUAUCAUGACAUGGUCAAUGAUUGUCUUUAGCAGGAACUGAAAUAUAUCAUGAUGGAAGGGAAGGAGGGUGAUGCAGAAGCGAAGCCUGCUUCAGUCAGUGUCACCAUGCCAAUAGAGCGGAUGCGAAUGCGACCGUGGCUGGAAGAGCAGAUAAACUCAAGUAAAGUACCAGGGCUUAAGUGGGUUAACAGGGAGAAGAAGAUCUUCCAGAUCCCAUGGAUGCAUGCAGCCCGCCAUGGCUGGGAUAUGGAGAAAGAUGCUCCAUUAUUCAGAAACUGGGCCAUUCACACAGGGAAAUAUCAGCCAGGGGUGGACAAGGCAGACCCAAAAACUUGGAAAGCCAAUUUUCGCUGUGCCAUGAACUCCCUUCCCGACAUUGAAGAGGUUAAGGACAAGAGCAUUAAAAAAGGAACCAAUGCAUUCAGGGUGUACAAGAUGCUGAUGCCAACAGAGCGACGGACGAAGAAAGGUAAAAAAAGGACUGAAAAAGAAGAAAAAAUAAAGACAGGGUGCCGGUCCAUGUGGGGAGAACAAAUGAGCAGCGCACAUAUGUUCUCCUUAGCAGUCAAGGCCGACAACAUGCAGGACAGCCUGGCCCUGACAGACCGCACCUAUCAUGCGUCUCAUAGCCUGGAGGAAGAGCAGAUGACUGUCGGCGACCUGCCGGAUGUCUGCCAGACCAUCGAGGUGACAGCUGAAGAGGAGGAUCAGUCUGUUAGCUCCAGUCAAAUGUACCCCCUGCAGAUCUCUCCAGUGUCCUCCUGUGCAGAUAGUGAAAUUGAUAGUGAAGUGGACACCAAGGAGGGCGUGUGUGGAAUGUGGGUUGACGCAAAGCCUCUGUUCAGCACCUCCGAAGUGAAGGCGCCCACCUGUUCGUUGCCCAGCAUGGCUACCUUUGUCACAUCUGGGAAGUCUAACUUGUCUAAGGUGUCCAGCAGUGGAGAAGAGCCCCUCCUCAUUUCAUAUGGCUACACUCCCUGGAACAGUCAGCCAGUGCAAGUGGUGCCGUUCCCCACCACCUCCAGCAGCUCCUCUGUCUCUGAGGCACGAGCCAGUGUCAUCAUGAAGACCUCCGACAUCUCCAAGACCACGGUCAAGACCUGCUGAUUUGGCUCUGGAACCAAAGCAAGAUGGACUUGGUUGGGCUGACUGACCUCAGAGGUGAAAUACACUGGAGUGAUAUUCUCAAGAACCAACUGGACCAAAGGACUUCACUGUGUUUCCACUGCGCCUGGGAGCCUGCUGGAUAUAAGAGCCCCAUCUCAACCAGAAAAGAUUUCUGAGUUUGUGAGCAGCAUCACAAAACAGCCUAGUUUUGUGACGAAGACCACUCCCUCCCUCGAAAAAGUUUUCAGUUGCUCUGAUGAAACAUGAUCACCUAUUAUUUGUAUCACACUGUAUUGCUCCUCUCGUCUGUGGCCUUAAACACAGCUAUACAGUACAGAUGAAGCUCUUUGGAUUGUUUGUUAAAGACCACAUCAUUCGCUGUCCUGCACCACACCAUCAAGUAAUAAAUCACUGUGCCUGUGAUUGUUUUUUUCUACCGCAUUGUGAGGUCUUUUGUAGACAGUCGGAUGUUACUGGAGGAACGUUGCCCUGAAGGUUCGGAAGAAGCCUCUGUCAGCUCAUUGAAAGGCGAGUUACUUGUAAUGCUUCUAUGAAAAAAAGUAAUUUAAUGUUCUGGGAAGCUACAGGUUUAAACUAAACCUCUCAACGUUUUCCUGGCCAUACUUUAGUGGUUUGUAAUGCAGGGAUUAAUGUAGCAUUUAAUGUAAUUGAUUUGAAAAAUAUUUUUUCAGGUUUUAUAAAUUUUUCCAUCGUUUUUGCAGUAACUUAUACCUGAGGUGGGACAUCUGUACUGUAUAUAUGAGUAUAUGCAUUUAUGUAUGUGUGUGUAUAUAUAUAAAUAGUUUUAUAAAUGUGUCUUAGGAAACAUUAUUAAUCCUGUGGAUGAUUAAAUAUGCAAAUUUAUUAUA